AUGAAGCCCACCACUUUCUUAACUUGCUGCACGGUUGCCUUUGCAGCUGCACUUCCUUCAGGUAGUGACGGUGAUGCCGAGUGGGCUGUCAGCAAUUUCAGUAUUGUGACCUAUCCUAACCCGCGCGGAGCGAUUACGAAUUACUCCUUCAAUAUCACGACCUCCAAGGAAACUAUACAGUGCAUCAAUUCAUCGCAGGGGAGCCCCCAGCCUCUGGGCUACACCAAGGGCGUCGAAUGCGGCCCGACAUUCCAGUACUCUUUCACUCCGAACGGAGCGUGGGAAGCUGCCUACACUGGCUCUACCCUCGAGAUUGUUGACUUGGCCAGCAAAUUGAAGGCCACUCAUUCAGUGCCUCUCUCAGAGUUGACCCGCCUGCCUUUCAAGAUCCACGGAGACCGGCCUUACGCCUACAACGGCCCCACCGAUUUCAAGGUGCAGACCAAGCUCUAUCACAAGGCAUAG